AUGUCGACGCUCAGCCGUAGCGCGACCGACGUAGAGAAUGCGGACGAGCCCCGUUCCGCCGCACUGCGUCCAUGCACCUCAAGUCGCGUGUCAACCCACACACUGGACUGGGCAGGACCCGAUGACCCGCAGAACCCCUUCAAUUGGCGGCUGCGCAAGAAGUGGAUCGCCACCGCCCUGGCGCUGCUGGCCAGCUUCACCUCGAUGCUGAACGGCACCAUGAUCACCGUCGCGCACGAGCCCAUCGGCGAAGCCUUCCACGUCAGCGACGCCCACUUCCCACACUCGUACUGGCCCGUCGCCAGCUGGACCAUCGGCGGCGCCGUCACCUGCCUGCUGCUGCUGCCGAUCAUGGAGGACUUUGGCAUGCGGCCCACCUUUCUCGCCACGUACAUCGUGUACCUGUGCUUCCUGGUGCCGCAGGCCGUGGCGCAGAACUUCGCGACCCUGGUCAUCUGCCGCUUCUUCUCCGGCGGCUGCGUCUCGGUGCUGGCCAACACGGCCGCGGGCGUCAUCGGCAAUAUCUGGGAGGGCGAGCGGGGCCGAACCAUCCCCACGAGUCUGUACAUCACCGCCUACCUGACGGGCAGCAGUAGCGGGCCGGUCGUUGGCGGCGUCAUCCUCGAGUAUCUCGGCUGGCGAUGGAUCUCUUACAUGCAGCUGAUCUGGAUGGGAGCGCUGUUCCCGCUCUACAUCUUCCUGUUUCCGGAGACACGAGGCGUGACCAUCCUCGAACGCCGGUCCCGCAGCCUCGGCAGGACAGGUGGUCAACGGCGCCUCUCAGCCACGCGGUCGGUGCCGUUGGGUCAGAAGCUGCGGAGGAGCGUCACGCGGCCGCUGUACAUGCUCUUCACGGAGCCGGUGCUCUUCGUCUUUACCAUCUGGUCCGCCUUCAUGGUCGGAACCGUCUAUCUCUUCACACAGUCCGUCGAACAGGUCUUCUCCGGCCUGUACGGUUGGACACCAACGCAAAGCGGCUAUGUUCAGGCGGCGGUGGUGCUCGGCGAGUGCAUCGGCUGGACGGGCACACUAGUCUCUUCCAAGAUCUACUUUGGAUCCGCCUCCCGCAACACCGAAGUGCCCGGGACCCCCAUCCCAGAAGCGCGGCUGUACGUCAGCGUCUUCGCCAGCUUCAUCGGCGUCGCGGGCGGCAUGUUCGUCUACGGCUGGACGUCCUCCCCGGCGAUCCCCUGGGUCGCUCCCGCGGUCGGCCUGGCCAUGGUCGGCUUCGGCAUCAACAUCGUUGUCCUCGCCAUUGCGGACUACAUUCUCGACGCGUACAGCAGGUACGCUGGAAGCGCGAUCGCCGCUCUCGUGCUGGGUGAAGACAUCUUUGCCGCGUUUUUGCCGCUGGCGACGCAGAGCAUGUACAGCAAUCUGGGCUUCAACUGGGCGAGCUCCGUGCUGGGCUUCUUGGCCGUAGCCAUCUCCUUCACGUCGCUGUGUCUGAUCGUCUGGGGCAGGCAGCUUCGGGCGCGGAGUCCGUUCAUGGCUGGCGUGGCGGUUGUGGGCGAGAAGAGUGUAUUUACGUGA